AUGAGGUCCAUAUUCGAUAAAUUGGACUCUAUAGUUCGAAGAAACGCUGAGAUCGAGGCCGACAUGGGACGGCCGGAAGUAGCAGCCGAUUUCGAACAGAUCCAGACCCUGGCCAAGGAAAGAGCCGGCCUCGAAGAGCUGGUGGAAAUUGCCCAUCUGCAUCAUUCCUUGCUCAGCGAGGAGGCUGACCUCAAGGCGUUGGUUGCUGAGGGGGGCGAUCCCGAAAUAGGCCAGAUGGCACGAGAAGAGCUGGAGGCCGUCGAAAUUCGGCUUGAAGACCUGGCCCAAGAGCUCAAACUGGCUCUCUUGCCGAGGGACCCAAACGACGAAAGGGACGUCAUUGUAGAGAUUCGCGCCGGCACCGGAGGUCAGGAAGCAGGGCUUUUCGCAGGUGAUCUGGCACGCCUUUACACCCGAUAUGCCCAACUACAGAAUUGGCGGGUCGACGUUAUGGACUCCAAUCCGUCCGACUUGGGCGGUUUCAACAAGGUAGUUUUGGAGAUACAGGGCAAGGGUGCUUUCAGUCGGCUCAAAUACGAGCGUGGCGUGCACCGUGUACAGCGUGUGCCGGAAACCGAGGCCCAGGGACGGAUCCACACUUCGACGGCAACGGUAGCGGUGCUGGCGCAAGCCGACGAAGUAGAAGUAAAGGUCAAUCAAGACGAAAUAAGGAUCGAUAUAUUCCACGCAGGUGGUCAUGGCGGCCAGAACGUAAACAAGGUUGCCACAGCGGUGCGCAUCGUACACGAACCCACGGGAGUAGUAGUUGUUUGCCAGGACGAGCGCUCCCAGCACAAGAACAAGCAGAAGGCCAUGGCAAUGCUAAGGGCCAGGCUAUUUGAGGCCGAGCAGGAAAGGCACGACGCCGAAAUCUCCCAGAACCGCCGCUCACAAGUUGGCACUGCCGAGCGUUCCGAGAAGAUACGGACCUACAAUUACCCCCAGGACCGGAUAACCGACCACCGAGUUUCAUCCAGCUUCCACGGCAUACCCAGCAUCAUGGAUGGUCCGGGACUGGGCGACAUUAUCAGUUCCCUGAUUGCGUGGGAGCAGGGGAAGCUUCUUGAAGAGGUGACGGCUUAA